UGAACGCAGCAGGUGAAGCCCCGCCAGCUGCGUAAGCAUCUUCACUUUCGGUAGAGGAGAGGCUUUAUGAGCGUGUUAAAAACUGUCUGACUGCCGCUCCAGCAACAUUUAGUCGAUAUUCGGGGGGUGAACAUGGACAAGGUUUCUCCCAACACGGGUGACGCGACACUGGACCAGGCCGUGGGCGAGUGGCUCCGCUACGACAAGAACCCAAAGACGGUGUCCUUGGUGGAGAAGCUGCUGAAAGACGAGGCCAUAGAGACACUGAAGAAACAUUUCUCAUCCAGGAUGGAGUUUGGUACCGCAGGUCUGAGAGCGGCCAUGGGCCCCGGCAUUUCCUGCAUGAAUGACCUCACUAUCAUCCAGACCACACAGGGUUUAUGUCGCUACCUGGAGGACAGCUUUGACAACCUCAAAGAGCGAGGGGUGGUGAUCGGCUACGACGCCCGAGCCCACCCUCCCAGCGGGGGCAGCAGCAAGCAAUUUGCCAAGCUGGCGGCCGCCGUGUUCACCAGUCGAGGGGUCCCCGUGCACCUCUUCUCCGACAUCACUCCCACUCCCUUUGUGCCUUUCACAGUAUCACACCUGGGUCUGUGUGCUGGCCUCAUGGUGACCGCCUCUCACAACCCCAAACAAGACAACGGCUACAAGGUGUACUGGGAGACCGGCGCCCAGAUAGUGUCACCUCAUGACAAAGCCAUCUCCAAGGCCAUAAUGGACAAUCUGGAGCCUUGGUCGGGAUCUUGGGACGCAGAGGGGGCACUGAAGAACCCUCUGCUUGAAGACCCCUACCAGGAAAUCCACACACAUUACUUCAAAGCCAUCCAGAAACACUGUCAUCACAGGGACCUCAACAAGAGUUCCCCUGUGAAAAUUGUGCACACGUCCGUGCACGGUGUGGCCCACACCUUCGUGCAGGCAGCUUUCAAGGCCUUCAACCUUCACCCUCCGUACGCUGUGGCGGAGCAGAAAGAUCCAGAUCCCGAAUUCCCUACGGUUAAAUAUCCCAAUCCCGAGGAGGGAGAGGGAGUCCUGACGCUCUCCUUUAACCUGGCCAAGGCUGAGGGCGCUACUGUGGUGUUGGCUAACGACCCAGACGCUGAUCGACUCGCUGCCGCUGAGAAGCAAGAAAGUGGAGAGUGGCGUUUGUUUAGUGGCAACGAACUGGGAGCCUUACUGGGAUGGUGGAUGUUCCACUGCUGGAAAGAGCAGAAGACCGACGCUGCCGCCGUGAAAAAUCUCUACAUGUUGGCAAGCACCGUCUCAUCCAAGAUUCUGCGCGCCAUUGCCCUCAAGGAAGGCUUCCACUUUGAGGAAACACUGACAGGGUUCAAGUGGAUGGGCAACAGAGCCAGGGACCUUUCGGAUCGGGGCAAGACGGUUCUGUUUGCCUUUGAGGAGGCCAUAGGCUACAUGUGCUGUCCGUCAGUGUUGGACAAAGAUGGGGUGAGCGCUGCUGCCAUAGCAGGAGAAAUGGUCUCCUACCUGGCUGCUAAACACAAGAGUCUUUCUCAGCAACUCACAAGCAUCUAUGAAGAGUACGGCUACCACCUCAGUAAGAACUCCUACUUCAUCUGCCACGACCAGAAAGUCAUCCGCAGCCUCUUCGAGGACCUGCGUAACCACGGCGGCAGCAAGGAUUCGUACCCGACCAAAUGCGGUCCCUUCGCCAUCACUGCUGUCCGCGACCUGACCACUGGCUACGACAACAACCAGCCCGGUAACAAGGCGAUUCUUCCCACGUCCCGUUCCAGUCAGAUGAUCACCUUCACCUUCUCCAACGGGGGCGUGGCCACCAUGAGGACCAGCGGCACCGAGCCCAAAAUCAAGUACUACACGGAGCUGUGUGCCGCCCCCGGUAACAGUAAUGUGGAGCACCUGAAGGAGGAACUGGACCGGUUGGUCAGUGCCAUCAUUGAAAACUUCUUUCAGCCACAGAAAAACAAACUGCAGCCAAAGCCAGAGUAGAAGUGAUAUAUUAUUAUAAAUAUCACUGCUAUGUCUUCUAGGUGCCACAUAUCAUUGGGCAGAAUGUUACUGUGAACACAAUAUUUACCGACAUUCUCAUGAGUCUCUAUUUUCAUAUUGUGAGUGGAUUUUAGGGAUAGUUUCCUGUCUUGGUGCUCAUGGUGUCGAUGUGUGUUUUCACCGCAACUGGGCGUCCUUUAAGCGUAAACACAAUCAUUCCUGCUACACAUCAACACAUACUGUAUUUCAUUCCAGGCUGCUAUGCUCGACACUGCAAGUAAGAACCCGUGAGAAAGUGCUCAAUUGUUUUGCUUCCUUUAAAAGUCUUAGACGCCUCUCGGCACUGAGUGAACCCUCCUGAGAUGAGUGCGUUUCCCUUCUUCUGUCGUUUCUCUCUGUGGAAAUAAACCUUCCAAAACAUU